AUGAACGGCGCCAGCGAUCCGGAGAGAGAGCAGGCGCUCGAGGAUUACAAGAGGAGCCUGUUUGAGCUCCGAGAAUGGGAAGCCAAGCUCAAGUCUCUUCGCAUGGGAAUCAAGGAUUUGCAACGAGAGUUCGACAUCUCUGAAGAGAACAUCAAGGCGCUGCAAAGUGUCGGCCAGAUCAUCGGAGAAGUGUUGAAGCAGCUGGAUGAGGAGAGAUUCAUUGUCAAGGCAUCAUCCGGACCGCGUUAUGUCGUCGGUUGCCGCUCGAAGGUCGAUAAAGCAAAGCUGAAGCAGGGUACCCGUGUCGCCCUCGAUAUGACCACACUUACUAUAAUGCGAAUGCUCCCGAGAGAGGUCGAUCCGUUGGUAUACAACAUGUCACUGGAGGACCCAGGCCAGAUCAACUUUGCAGGAAUUGGUGGUCUGAACGAACAGAUCCGCGAGCUUCGAGAAGUCAUUGAGUUGCCGCUCAAGAACCCCGAGCUUUUCCAGAGAGUAGGAAUCAAGCCGCCCAAGGGUGUGCUCCUCUACGGUCCUCCCGGUACCGGAAAGACGCUGUUGGCACGAGCAGUGGCAAGCUCAAUGGAGACCAACUUCCUGAAAGUUGUCUCGUCCGCUAUUGUCGACAAGUACAUCGGUGAAUCUGCACGGUUAAUAAGAGAGAUGUUCGGAUACGCCAAAGAACACGAGCCUUGCAUUAUCUUCAUGGACGAAAUCGACGCUAUCGGUGGAAGGCGUUUCUCGGAGGGUACCUCGGCUGAUCGAGAAAUCCAGCGUACACUGAUGGAGCUUCUCAACCAGCUGGAUGGUUUCGAUUACCUUGGAAAGACGAAGAUCAUUAUGGCUACGAAUCGGCCCGACACGCUUGACCCGGCUCUGCUGCGAGCCGGUCGUCUCGACCGCAAGAUCGAGAUUCCCCUGCCCAACGAGGUCGGUCGUCUGGAGAUCUUGAAGAUCCACUCCAGCACCGUUCAACUGGAUGGUGAGAUCGACUUCGAAAGUGUGGUGAAGAUGAGCGACGGACUUAACGGUGCUGAUCUUCGCAACGUUGUUACGGAAGCUGGUCUAUUUGCUAUCAAGGAUUACCGGGAUGCGAUCAACCAGGAUGACUUCAACAGAGCGGUCCGCAAGGUGGCUGAGGCGAAGAAGCUGGAGGGCAAGCUGGAAUACCAGAAGUUGUAG